AUGGCAGGGACAGCACAGACGGGCGUUGUGCUCGAUAUCGAUGGCGUGCUGCUCCGCGGUGGCGAGGCGGUGCCUGGAGCAGCUGAGGCACUGCAGCGGCUGGCAGCGGCGUCGCCCUCACUGGCGUAUGUGUUUGUGACUAAUGGCGGAGGCGCGCCCGAGGCACUCAAGGCCGGCGUCCUGGCCAAGGCGCUUGGUGUGCCGGAGCUUACACCUCCUGAUCGCAUCCUGCUCUCAUCGUCGCCGAUGGCCUCGCUCGCGCCAGAGCUCGGCUCUGCCCGGGUCUUGGCGGUCGGCCGUGGGCCGUCCGACUUUGUCUCUGGCGUCCUCGCCAACUACGGCUUCACCAACGUCGUCACCGCCCAGGAUCUGCUUGCCGAAUGCCCGUUCCUGGUCCCACAGUGGACGUCGAAUCCGUCGCUGAUGGCGGCCGAUGGCGCGGGAGAAGACGCGCCAGGUGCGGCUGCGCCGCCGACGCUCGCGUCUCCCGACGAUCCGAUCGAACCGUUCGACGCCAUCCUCAUCAUUCAUGAGCCCGAAGACUGGGGCCCGGUGCUCCAGUUGCUGCUGGACGUGCUCCUUUCUGUGGACGGCUCGCCUUCGAGUCGACGGCAGUUCCCCACGACGGCGAAGCAGCCGGUCCCGCUCUACGUCGCCAACCCGGACUUUGCCUACACCGACGCGUGGGCGCAUCCGCGGCUGACUUCGGGAGCAUUCCUCACCUGCCUGACGGCGCUGUAUGCGCGCGCGACCGGCGGCAGCCAGGAGCUCGAGGCAACGCUGUUUGGCAAGCCCGAGGCGACGACGUACGCGUACGCCGAGGCCAUGCUCCGCAAAGUCGCCGGCCUGGCGCCCGCGCUCCACAUCGCGGGCGCCAAUGCGGCUGGCGAGGCGUGGACCUCGAUUCUGGUCCACACUGGGGUCUUUUGUGGGGCGCCCGGCGAGAACGCGGCAGAUCAUCCGGCCGACCACGUCGUUCCCUCGAUUGUCGAAGCCGUGGACCUGAUUCUGAGCAAGAGGCGGUAA